AUCUAAUCCAUUUUUCAUUAUUUCAAAUCUCAACCCUCAUACCACUCCCUCUCCAUUUCUUCUCUUCUCAUAUAAAAGCCUCCACCUAUUCUCCUAUUUUCUUCCUUGAGAGGAAUAAGGUGCUUUUAGAGAGAGAAAGUGAAGCAACCCAAAAUAAAAUUAAAGAAGCAAUUUUUUUAGAGAGAGAAAAUAAGUAGCAAGAAGUUUUCUUGUUAAUGGUUGAUCAAACAUAUACAACCAUGUCUACUACUUCAUCUUCAACUUCUCCUCCUCAUCCUCCUUCUUAUGAAAAGAAGCAUUGGUGGCUUAGUACCAAAAAGAUGGUAGAUAAAUACGUCAGAGAAGCAAAAGCUCUGAUCUCAACUCGGGAACAGAGUGAGAUUAACUCAGCACUGAGUUUACUCGAAUCAGCACUUUCUCUUUCUCCAAGAUAUGAACACGCUCUUGAACUCAAAGCUCGUUGUUUACUCUCCCUAAGAAGAUACAAAGAAAUUGCUGAUAUGCUUCAAGAUUACAUCCCGAGUUAUAAGAUGGCAUACUCGGAUGACUCAACCGGGUCAUCAUCGGAUAACUCGUCUCAAACACUUUCUAGAGAACGAGUCAAACUUUUGAGUUCAUCUAGCUCCGAGUGGGACUCACCGGGUUGUGAUUAUCCUACUAAUUUCAAAUGCUUCUCUGUUUCUGAUCUUAAGAAGAAAGUUUUGUCUGGGUUUUACAAGAACUGUGAUAAAGAAGGACAAUGGAGGUACUCAGUUCUAGGCCAAGCAUGCUGCCAUCUCGGCCUAAUGGAGGACGCCUUGGUCCUCCUCCAACAUGGAAAACGUCUUGCCUCGGCUGCAUUCCGACGCGAGAGCAUUUGCUGGUCUGAUGACAGCUUUUCUUUUACUGUUUCAUCUACCACCGAGUCAACUCACCAGCAACUCAUCGAGCACCAGCCACUCACCGAGUCCGAGUCAAUUUCUCACCUCAUUGGCCACAUCAAACUCCUGCUCCGCCGUCGCGCAGCCGCUUUAGCUGCCUUAGACGCCGGACUUUAUGCCGAAUCAAUCCGACAUUUCUCGAAGAUUCUAGAAGGACGCCGCCCGGCCCCACAAGCGUUCCUCGCAGAAUGUUACCUCCACCGGUCUGCCGCCUAUAAAUCUGCCAGUCGGACAGCUGAAAGUAUUGCUGACUUGAACCGGACCCUUGCAUUAGACCCGACUUCAACCGUGGCACUUCAUGAACGAGCAGGUUUAUUUGAGUUUAUUGGGUGUAUUACUGACGCGGUUCAUGAUCUUGAGCAUGUGAAAUUAAUUUAUAAUUCUAUUUUACGAGACCGUAAACCGCCCGGUCCGGCGUGGAAACCCAGGGCGGUUCCUUAUAGAGAAAUUCCUGGGAGACUUUGUGCAUUGGGUUCAAAAAUUCAACAAUUAAAACAAAGAAUUGCGACAGGUGAUACAGGAAAAGUAGAUUAUUUUAAGUUAAUUGGAUUGAGGAAAGGUUGUUCAAGGUCGGAAUUGGACCGGGCUCAUUUGCUUUUAGUUUUGAAGCAUAAACCGGAAAAAUCGAUGUCGUUUUUAGACCGUUGUGAAUUAUCAGAUGAAAAGGAUUACGACUCAGUCAAGGACCGAGCUCGAAUGUCAGCGGUUUUACUUUUCCGCCUUAUGCAAAAAGCCUACUCAAAUGUUUUGUCAACAAUUGUUGAAGAGGAGGCGGUUGAGUUGGAGAGAAAAAAGGCCACGUUGGCCUUACAACAGGCCCAAGCGCAAGCCCAGGUCCAGGCCCAACAAAAUGUUGAGGUUUGCAAACAAAUGGAGCGGGACAAUGGACCUAGGCUUUCGCUUGGGCAUGAGUACGGGCAAGAGGCCUAUGUUGAUUACCCCGAUGAAGUGCCCACCACUUUAGAUACCGGUGGCCAAAUGGGAUCAUUCCCGUACCAAGGGGUGUUUUGUAGGGACUUGGCCGUGGUUGGAAGUUUGCUUUCCCAGGUUGGAUUCAACCGCCCACUCACAAUGAAGUACGAGGCCUUGAGUUGUUAAAGGAUGGUUUGUGUAGUUACAAAAAUUUGGAAUGAUAAUUCGAUGAAAGAUAAAAACAUUAGAUCCUUUAUAAAAUUUUUGAGUUCGUAGAGGAAUGAAGGAUAUGAAGAAAAUAAAUUUUCGAAGGUGAAUCUAGAAAAAAUUUAAGAGAUUGGCAUUUGGCAGGGGUAAUUUUGUGGUUUAGUUCCUUGUACAGAAAAAAAAAAAAAAAAAAAAAAAAAAGACAAUCCAAAGGAAAAAAGAAAGGAUUGAAUGGACUGCCAUAAAUUUUUGCUACUACUACAAGCUGUAGAUGUACAGACUUUUAUGUUUAAAAUUAUAUUAUCUCUUAAUUAGUAUUAAUGAUAUUAACA